AUGACGACAUAUAAAGAAAAUGUUGGAAUAUCAAAUAAAGGAAAUAAAAAAAAAAAAAGUUGUCAAAAUAUAUCAUUUUUAAAUUUUAUAUCUUUUGAUUGGAUAAGACCGUUAAUAAAUGAUUUAAUAAAAGGAGAUAUUCAAGAACUUCCUAAUAUAUGUCGGAACUUCGAUGUGCCAUAUUACGCAUCUAAAUUAGAAGAGAAUUUAAGAGGUAUAGAAGUAGAAGACUACGAAUUUUACAGUGAAAAAAAUUCAUCUAACGAACAUGUAUUACACCAUUGUAAUUCAAAUGAUGCAAGUGAAAAGAAAGUGUACAAUGUUUAUUACCAUAAUAUUUUAUGGUCAAUUUUGAAAACAUUUAAGUUUCGAAUAAUUUUAAUAAUAAGCUUUUAUAUUUUAGAGACAUUAAUUGUUACCUUGGGGGGAAAAUUCAUAGAUUACUAUAUGCGUAUUUUAGAAGGUCAAAAGAUUCCUGUAUAUAUUUCAUUCUUAAAAGAUUUCAAAGUAUUCAGUGGGUUCGUGGUAGUGAUGAUAAUGUUUUUCCAUUUGUUUUUUGAAGCUCUUUUGUAUUUUUAUUUUCAUCUCUUUACAAUAAAUUUAGAGGUAUCACUAAUGUAUUUUUUGUAUAAAAUUAAUUUAUGCAGUAAUAACAAUCAUUUAAAAAAUCCAGAUGCAUUUUAUAAUACAUAUAGAAAAUUUUCUUUACAAACAGAAAGUGAUGAGAUAAGCAGAGAUUUUUUUAGUAUUGGUAAGAAUGUAUCCUCCUCUUCAUCAGGAAUAAAAAAUAAUAAUAAAAAUAUCGAUAAUAAUAAAUUUGUGGAAAAUGAUUACAUAAUAAAUUUUAUAAAAAGUACAAAGAAAAUGGAAAAAGAUUCAUUAAAUGAAAAUAGGAGUUUACCUAAUGUGAACAUUUAUAAUAUUAUGUUUUCUGAUGUACCGUCUGUAACAUUUUUUGUUACUUCUUGUAUUAAUUUGUUUAAUGUAUUUGUUAAAAUUUUUAUGUCUUUUUAUGUAUUUCAUAUAAAGAUUGGGUCCAAUUCAGUUGGAAUUGCAAUAUGGUUGUCCAUUGCUUUAUACAGUGCAAUGAUACUAUUUGAAUUUUUACCAAGUUUGUUUAAAAGUAAAUAUUUAAUUUAUCGAGAUAAAAGAAUUGAUAAUAUUCAUCAUGUAUUAAAAGAAUUCAAAUUGAUAAAAAUGUUUAAUUGGGAAUCAUUUGCUUUUAAAUACAUAAAUAUAUUUCGAAUGAAAGAAAUGAAAUAUUGUAAAAUAAGACUUUAUUUGAGUAACGUAGGAGUUUUUAUAAGUGCAAUUUCCUCUGAUAUAGUUGAAGUGGUUAUAUUCUUUAUUUAUUUAAAAGAUAGAUUAAAUAAGAAAGAAGAAAUUAAAUUUACAUCAAUUAUUAUGCCCUUAUAUGUAUAUAAGAUAUUAAUUUCGAAUGUGGCAAAUUUUCCAAACUUAGUUAAUAAUGUUAUGGAAGGUAUAGUAAAUAUUAAACGUUUAAAUAAUUAUAUUAAUGAUCAUUUAUAUUAUAAUGAUAUAAAAAAUUAUUUUAUGUACCGUACAAGAUAUAAUGAAGAUUAUAAUAUUGUAGUGGAUAAGACGUUUUUACAAAAUGAAAACAUAACUUCUCAUGAUGACGGAACAUCAUAUAAUUUGAAACAUUUAAAAAACGUAAUAAAAAAUAAAUUGACAAAUAUGUUUAAAUAUUUUUUCUUUUAUCAUAAGAUGAAUUAUCAUAAGAAUAUAAUAAAUAAACAAAUAUUAUCUGGUUUACUUAAGAACGUAGAUGAUAAUACGAAUAAAAAAGUAUGUUUCCAGGAACAUAAAAGUAAUUCUACAUAUAAUUAUAAUAGUAGUCAUAUACAUGAAAAAAAAGAGGAAUAUGAAAAUAUUCACAAUAGUAGUAAUAGCACAAUGAGUAAUGAAUUCAAAGAAAAAAAAAAGAAUAAUGAAUACAUUAUAAAAUUAGAAAAUUGUAGUUUUGGUUUAUCAUAUGAUAAUAAAUGUGAUAAUGACCAUAUUUUAAAAAACAUAAAUUUUAAUUUAAAAAGGAAUUCAUUAGCAAUAAUUAUAGGAAAUGUUGGAUCAGGAAAAAGUGCAUUUUUCCAUUCUAUAUUAGGAGAUCUUAAUAUGACACAUGGUAAUUUGUAUAUUGGAAAUUUUUUCAAAAAAAUGCCAAUCUUAUAUGUUCCUCAAAAUAGUUGGUUAUUUAUGGGAAAUAUUAGAUCAAUGAUUUUAUUUGGAAAUGAAUAUAAUCCAUUAAUUUAUAAAUAUACUAUAUUACAAAGUGAAUUAUUGAAUGAUUUGAGUACCAUAGAACAUGGCGAUAUGAAAUAUAUUAAUGAUGAUCAUAAUUUAAGUAAAGGACAAAAAGUAAGAAUAUGUUUAGCUAGAGCAUUAUAUGAGCAUUAUAUUCAUAUGCACAAAUUAUGUACAGAUUAUGAAAAAAACCUUAUACAACCUAAUGAAAUAUUAGAUAAGGAUUUAAUAAAUAAUAAAAACAUUUCUUCAUAUAAUAAUAAAAAAAGUAAAUUAGUUAACUAUAAUAUUCCAUUCAAUGAAAAUUACCUUCAAAAAUGUUUAAUGGAUGAUAAUAAUUUUUAUUUGUAUUUGCUUGAUGAUGUAUUUACAUCUUUAGAUCCUUCUAUAUCUAAAAAGAUAUUUUCUAAUUUAUUUUGUAAAGAAGACAAUAUAAGUUUUAAAGAUAAUUGUAGUUUUAUUAUCUCAAUGAAUAAAAGUACGUUGGAUAAUUUUCUUAUUGAAGAUAUUCUUGAUAAUGUUCAAUAUGAAGUAAAAAUUUUUGAAAUUCAGGAUAAAACUUUAAAAUAUAGAGGAAAUAUAUCAGAAUAUAUGGAAAAGAACAAUUUAAAUAUAACUAAAGAAAGUCACUGGGGUUAUUCAAACGUAAAUACAAUAGAUUAUACCAGAAUAAAAUUGUUUGAUGAAGUGGAACUUAAUCAUGUUAAACAUAGUAAUAAAAUGAUAUAUAAGGAAGCUUAUUUCGUAAAAGGGAAUACGGAGAAUGUUUCCUUUGAAAUUGACAGUAUAAAUAAGGAGUAUAUUAAGAAAAUAAAAAAGAAAAAUUAUAAAAAGGAGCAUAUGAAUAACAAUAAUAAGGACAAUAAUAAUAAUAAUAAUAAUAAUAAUAAUAAUAAUAAUAGUAACAAGGAUAAACAUAUAAAUAUUAAUAUGAAUGAUAACCAUAGAAACUAUAAUGACAUUAAUUUGGGGCAUAAUUCUACAGAUGAUAGUCCAACUGUUUCUUCGCUAGGAAAGGAAUAUACGCUCGAUACCUAUACCAGUAAUAAUUCUGAUAAGGAAGAAAUUGUAAAACCUUUAUAUAAAGAUACACAUGAAGAAUUCAAUAAAAGUUCAUCAAUGCCUUUUGUCAAAAGUUCAAGUAAUAUGAUAAAUAAUCCAAGUAAUUUUAAAUAUGAAGAUAACUCAUCCAAUUUUAAGGGUUCAAUAAGUUUAGAAACGUAUUUAUGGUAUUUUCAACAGGUUGGAUUUGUUUUAUUAACUUCGGUAGUAAUAUUUAUGCUUAUAUCUAUUUUUACAGAUGAAAUAAAAUUUGUCUUUUUAACUAUGAUGAGUAUUAUUUCUAAAAAUAAUAAAGAACAUUCAAACACAAUAUUACAAAAGCAAGUAAGAUAUUUGGAAUAUUUUGUAAUAUUACCAAUUAUAUCAUUAAUAACAUCAGGUAUAUGUUUUUCUAUGAUCAUAUAUGGAAAUAUUACAUCAGCAAUAAAAGUACAUAAUAAUAUAUUAUAUAGCAUAUUAAAUGCACCAUUGUAUAUUUUUUAUAAUAAUAAUUUAGGGAAUAUAAUAAAUCGAUUUAUUAUUGAUAUUUCUUCUUUUGAUUAUGGAUUUUUAAAGAGAAUAUAUAAAGCUUUUUUCAUUUUUUUUCGUUGUAUCUUAUCAUCCUUAUUAAUUAUAUAUAUGAUAAGAGAUUGUAUUUUUAUUUUCCCCUUUGUAAUUAUAUUAAUAUAUUUUUUUGUUUUCAAAAGAUUUUCCAGAGGUUGUAAAGAAGCACAAAGGCUGUAUUUAUCAUGUCAUUCUCCUUUAUGUAACAUCUAUAGUAAUGCAUUGUCUGGAAAAAACAUCAUUAAUAUAUAUAAAAAAAAUACAUAUCAUUUGGAUGUAUAUGAGCAUUAUAUAAACAAUUUUCGAAUUAGUUAUUUUAUUAAAUGGCUUAUAAAUAUUUGGGCAUCUCUUUAUAUUAAGAUUUUUAUAUUGUUAUUAACUACUUACAUUAUCAUGCAUCCUCAUUUAUAUGCAAGUGGCAUAAUCAAAUUAUAUAAAGAAAAAAAUUAUGUUCGAAUUUUGAGUAUCCUUGGAUACUGUAUAUCGUUUUCUGCUAGACUAGGUGUUAUUAUAAAAUUUCUUUUAUGUGAUUAUACUCACAUAGAGAAAGAAAUGUGCUGUGUUCAAAGAUUAGAAGAAUUUGCUAAAAUUUCUAAUAAAGAAAAUGCUUCUAUGAAUAAGGAAAAUGAAUUAAAUGUAAUAACAACACAAACAUAUAAGGAAAAGAAUGAAAAUAUCUCGGAUAAGAUAUCUGCAAUUUUAGAAUAUAAAAAUUUAUCCUUAUCUUCAAUUAUAAAUAGUUCUCAGGAUGAUGAAUCAAAAAAAAAGUAUGGUAUUAAAUUUGAGAAUGUAUAUGUAAGUUAUAAAAAAAAAAUUCCUUUAGUUAAUGGUACAUAUAAAUACAUAGAUGAAGAACCAUCAUUAAAAAAUAUUAAUAUGUAUGCUUUAAAAAAUCAAAAAAUUGGGAUAAUAGGAAAAUCAGGCGCAGGAAAAAGUACUAUACUUUUAUCUAUCUUAGGAUUAAUUAAUAUAUCACAAGGAAAAAUAACAGUAGAAGGAAGAGACAUUCAAACAUAUAAUAGAAAAGGAGAAGAUAGUAUUAUUGGUAUUUUAGCUCAAUCUUCUUUUGUUUUUUAUAAUUGGAAUAUAAGAACUUUUAUUGAUCCAUAUAAUAAUUUCACAGAUGAUGAAAUAGUUCAUGCUCUAAAAUUGAAUGGUAUAAAUUUAGGUAAAAAGGAUUUAUAUAAAUAUAUGCAUAAACAAGAUAUGAAAUCAAAUUAUAAAAAAAUAAUACAAACAUCAAAAGUAAUAAACCAAUCAAAUGAUAAUACUAUUCUAUUAACAAAUGAUUGUAUAAGAUAUCUAUCUUUAGUUAGACUUUAUUUAAAUCGACAUAAAUAUAAAAUUAUAUUAAUAGAUGAAAUUCCUAUUUUCAAUUUAAACAAUUCUGUUCAUGAUGAAUUAAAUAGUUUUUUAAUUGGUAAAGCAAAGUCAUUUAAUUAUAUAAUAAGAAAUCAUUUUCCAAAUAAUACAGUCUUAAUUAUUUCACACCAUGCAAAUACUUUGUCUUGUUGUGACUAUAUUUAUGUAUUAAGAAAGGGAGAAAUAACUUAUCGUUGUAGUUACGAAGAUGUAAAAACGCAAUCUGAAUUAUCACAUUUGUUAGAAAUGGACGACUAA